CGGGGUUCUUUUUCCUCUUUUAUCCCUUCCCUGCUUGAGUCAGAGGCUGAAGUCACCGGCAGGAGCACUGCGAAGCUUUUCCCCGUCUCGGGGAGUCUGUCUGCCCCCAAAAGGAUGUGCUGACCCCCGUGAGUGGGAUUUUGGGGGAGCAGAGCCACACAAGACCAGGAACUCAUCACACAGAAUCAGCCUCUGAUCUGGCCCUUCCACGGCUUCAGCAAUGUUGCCAGGGAAAACAGAGAAGAGAAUUGCUUCGUCCAUCUUCAUCACCCUCAUGCCACCGCGGAGGGACGUGGCCACCAAGGAGAGAGCCCAGCGGGGGCUGCAGCCGGAUGGUGCCGAGGUCCCCGGCACCCACCAGCCCCAGGUCCUGCCGUGUCCCCCCACAUUGCCCAACGGAGAAACCCACCCAGUGGCCCCUGUACCUUCAUCCUCACCAGUCCUCCCCCUCUCUGAAGUGCCUCAGCCCUUGUCCAUGGAGGUGCUGGGUCUGGCACUGCAGCAACUGGACCUGGCAGCACCUGCCACCCUCCAGGCCCCUUCCACCUUCCCUGCUGGCUUGAAGCAGCCCACAUUCCGCCAGGAGCAAGCAGGCAAGUGGCAGUGGCAGGAUGCGAAUGGGUACCCGGAGAGGGACAGCUCCAGAGACGUCUGUGCCUUCUGCCACAAAGCGCUGGGGCCCCGGGAGCCGACGGUGGAGGCGAUGCGGAAGCAGUACCACCCCGGCUGCUUCACCUGCCGCACGUGCCACCGACUCCUGGCUGGGCAGCGCUACUUCCAGAGAGAGGGGUGUCCCACCUGUGACACCUGCUUCCAGGCCACGCUGGAGAAAUGUGCCAAGUGCCAGGGGCUGAUCACGGAGCGCAUUGUCCGUGCCCUGGGCAAGGGCUACCACCCCAGCUGCUUCUCCUGUGCUGCCUGUGGCCAGGCCAUCGGCACCGAGAGCUUCGCCGUGGACGAGCAGGGUGACGUGUACUGCGUGCCCGACUUCUACAGCAGGAAAUACGCCGCGGUGUGCGGCGCCUGUGAGCGCCCCAUAGUCCCCCGCGAGGAUGAGGACACCUACAAGAUCGAGUGCCUGGGACGCAGCUUCCACGAGAGCUGCUACUGCUGCGAGAGCUGCAGGGUGCCCCUGUCGCCGGAGCUGACCGAGAACAGCUGCUACCCCCUGGAUGAUCACCUCCUCUGCAAGUCCUGCCACCUCCGCUGGCGCAGCGAGUCGUCCUGCUGAGACCCUGCAGCUCAACAGCCUCUUCCAGAGCACCAGAAAGGGGGUGCCCCCAGUGGGCUGCACCCCAUGGCUGACCCUGUGUGCACCCCGAAAUUACUGCAGAGCUGGGUUUUCAUCGCUAAAAUAUCCCAGGACCCUGAGCCAGUAGAGAUUUGUGGACGUGUCCCAGCACAGCUCUGCACUCGUGAUGAAUAUAAAAUGCUCUGACAGAGCAGCAAUGAGGAAUAGAGGUUUACUCCUUAUUUCUUUUUUAAAACUCCUUUUUCAAGGCCAGUUUUGGUUUUCUUGGGUGGUGUUUCUUUCUUCUCAAGCUUCCUUGGGGUUUCACUGAAAUGUUUUUCUCUGUGGAGAGCAGGCACUGAUUCAGUUACUCGCAGUUAAAUAAAACCCCGAGUUUAAAAACUUUCAUUCCUUUCAUCCACCCUGCAUUCCAAACCUGUCAAAUCCAAGUUUAAAACUAAGGAAGAAAAGUUGGUUUUGGAUUUUCUAGGUGUGGCAAGAGUCGGGUCACUCGGGUCCAUAACAGCUGAUUUUAGGGUGUAGCGAUGUGGCAGAUGCUGUUGU